AUGAAACUCAAAUACAAUGUAUUCAAUAGCUAUUAUCACCCAAUAAUUGCGGUCAAAUACCAACCUAUUCUCAUUGAAUACUUCAAAAAAGAAGUUGGAGAUCUAGCAUUUCAUGGUAAUUUUUAUUGCCAUGGCAUUAACAUAUCUUACCGCAAUAUGUUUUAUCUUUAUCGCUUUUCAGAAUUAACAGACGAAGAACUUGAUUUCGUAGCGAAAAAUGCAAUGCGCUAUAUAUUAGAACUUCAAAAAGGUUGUUAUGCUAAAUUGCUUGUUUACGAAUUAAAUAAUAUCGGACUCAUGCUUGGUGGAAUAAUUUUAAAUUAUGCGCAAAGACACAACGCAAACGAAGAUAUUAUUGACAAUAUUCGUUUACUUGCAAGGAAUUUUAUACUCACAUUCAAUUUCGAGUGUUGGAAUCCAUAUGAUCCCGCAAGAAAAUCGAACCUCUUUUUCAAUACAGGCAAAAUAAUGUAUUACACAAGAAAUGUUAGCGCUGAUCUUCCAGUCCGCUAUAACAUCGUCAGAAAGUUUGAAGACGAAAUUGAAGAAAAAUUCAACAAACAACCUUAUUUCCCACUUAGAAUUAAAAUCGGUUCUCCUGGGAUACCAAAUCAUACGAAAGCAACACCAUUCUCUGAACUCUAA